CUCCUCUCCUCUUGUGUUUUGUUUUUCACUCGCUGAGUCGUUUUCUCUCCAAUCCGAUCAACUCAGAGAGAGGAACCUAUUUGACCCCAAUUAUUUACCCUCAUCUUUUAUUUCAUUGUCUCCUUUCUUCCUCUUCUCUCCACACCCCCCAAGAAACGACAACGUUUCCAUCAAACACCCCAGUCAGACGCUUCCCUUCGUCGUCCUUCCCUUAAAACCGAUUUUGGAACUUUAGAUUUCAAAUUUAAAAAAUCAAAAACCCUAAUUUCGAUCUCUCGAUGGCUUCCCCCUCCUCCGACGCCGACGAUGCGUCAUCUCCGGCCACGGAAACCGAAAUUCCCGCGGAGGAGACUGCGACGCUCGGGAGAAGGACGAGGCCGUCGCGCGCUUGCACUGUUCGCGCGCAGCAGAGGCUUCAGGAGCAGCAAGAGGCGGAGAGGAAGCUCAGGUUGCCGAAGAAGGAGAAUAAACGGGAGAAUCAUCGACGACGGAAGGAAGAGGUUGAGGAGGAGGAGGAAGACGAUCACGAGGACGAGGAGGAGGAGGAGGACGGAGAUGGAGAUGAUGAUGUUAAGAGGCAAUGCGUUAAAAGCAAGAUCGUUACUUCUCUUGUUCAGCCACCGGAGGCUUCGCAGAUGCCGAGGUGGAAUCUUAGGUCUAUGUGGGAGCUUGCUUCUGUGCUCAAUUUCUUGCAUGUAUUUAGGCCGCUUUUGAAGAUCAAUGCGGAGUUUUCAGCGGAGGAGUUUGAGACGGCUUUGCUGAAUCCUAACGAUACUUUGAGUGACAUUCAUAUUCCUCUCUUAAAGGCCAUUCCUCCUGUAACUCGAAUGGCUCUCACUCGUGAUACCUGGGUCACUGUCUUGUGCAGGAAAAUAAGAGAUUGCUGGCAUUGGGUUGCAGAAGGGGAUCUUCCUAUUGUUGCCUCGCAAGGGCGAGAGAUUGAAGCGUACAAAUCUCUUGAUCCGGCCAUUCGUGUGGUGAUUUUGAAAGCUUUAUGUGAUAUUCGUGUUGAGCAAGAUGAUAUUAAGAGCUACAUUGACAACUCUAUUAAAACUGGUGUUCAUCUGUCAACUUUUCGCAAAGACCGCGUUGGGGGUGAUUCACAUGGAGUUAAUUUUUGGUAUGAGGAUGAUUCCUUAAUUGGUCAUCGUUUAUAUCGGGAAAUAAGGAAGGCAGAGAUGGUUAAGGUCAAAACGAAGGGUUCUAAGAUUCUUCCUAACGUAACAUACCAUUGGGAAACCGUUGCCACAAAUUUCGAUGAAUUCCAAGAUGUUUCUGAAAAACUUAAUUCAAGUAGUAGUAGAAUUGAAGUUUCUCUGGGAAAGAAGUUAACGAGAGAUAUGCUUCCUGAGAUAGAAAAAGAACACACGAGGAAAGAGAAAUUGUUGAAAAAGCAACAUAGACAGGCUCUUCUCCUUGAUAACUACUUGGUUGCUGACGGUCUUGGUGGUGGCCGUUCUCUCCGUGAUCGGAAGCCAGUUAGAUACACUUUUGAUGAUUAUGAUAGGUCUAUAAACGAAGCUAUCAAAAUAACAACGAAGAAUCAUCCAUCACAAGAACCGUUUUUGCACAGAAGAGAAUCAUCUAGAUUGGACUCUCUUAUGAAUGGCAGAUCAACAAGUUCAAGUCACCCUACUGACCCUGUGAACGAUACAGUAUCUGGUAGCUCCUCUGAUUUUGCUGAUGGUGAUGAGUUCGAUGAGCAGAGAGAUGAAUCGUUGGACAGAAGUAACAGGCGCAGACAACGGCCCCAGCGGUAUUCAGCAACGGACUUUGUUGAAACUGUUUCAGACAAUCAUGUAGAGUCUGGAAGCGAUGAUGACAUUGUUGGGGAAGCAGUUUAUGAUGACGAAUAUCUGAGGAAGCGUAAACAGAAGAAUUAUUUUAGUGGUUCUGAGGGAGAGGGAGAGGAAGAGAAAGGAGAUGAAGAGUACAAAUGGGAUGAAGACAAUGCUGAGUACGAGGAAGAAGAAGAAGAAGAAGAGGAAGAUUCUCCAAGUGCUAGCGAAGAAGAUAGUGAUGAACCCCGAAGGGUUAGGAAAAUGCCACGGAGAGAAACCAAGUUAAAAUCAAGGUCAAAUGGUUUCCGACCAGGCUUGAGGCGUAGUAAAAGAGCCACAAGAAUCGAUUACCAACAAUAUGAGCUCUCGGAAUCAGACAAUGAAGCAGCAGGAGCAGCAAAACGUAAGCGAUUGGUUGAGCCAGAGCCAGAUGAAGAUGAAGAUUCUGAUGAAUCAGGGAAUGGAGAUUUCACAAUGGGAAGUGAUGACUCUGAAGAAAAUGCAGAUGACCUAGGAACAAACUCUGCUGAAGAAGAAGUAGAAGAAAAAGAAGAGCCCAGAGAGGUCAAUGAUAAUACCGGGACCACAAAUGGUACAGAGUAUAAUCAAAUGAACAAUUCGAAUGGCACAGACCAAGAAGAAGUUGAGGGUGUAUCAGGCAAAAGGCAUUACCUCGACCUCAACGAGCUUGCUCCUGUAUCCGGUUUUGAUGAUGGUCCAAGUACAGUAUUGAAGGACGAUGAUAAGACAGACAAUUCAUAGACAAAGACUCUCUGUUUAUUUCUGGCAUAAACACCUUCCAGAGAGAAGUUAAAAGAGAUACUCCAUCUGCUGUUUCUGCAUUCAGUCAUAUCUGCCUUGUUGUUUAAAAGUUAAUUUCGGCUGAGAUAAGUGAAGUGGAGAAUGAUGGAGAGGCCUAAGAAGAGAUAUGUGUACUAGAUUAGGUUAGUUAUUUUUUUCUUACUCUGAAAGAGAAACAAUGAAGAGGUGAAGCAGAGAUUCCUAAGAACGGUUUAAUGUUAUGGGAUUAUUGUUAGUGUACAAUUAUCUUUUUGGAUUUUUAACCGAAAAACCUCAAAUUAAGUUUAUUUAAUGUAUUAAACCUUCUGUCUACAGUUUACAUCAAAAUGAC